AUGUCUGACAAAGAUUCGUCAUCCGGGUCUAACAAGGAAAACCCGGAUCGAAAUUCUGAUGAACAACAAGCACUAGCUGAUUACAAGUCUUCUCUUGAGGAUAUGGUUCAGAAGUUUCAGAAAUCAAACCCAUUAGAUCAGCAACACAAAUUCUGGGAGACUCAACCUGUUGGCCAGUUUAAGGAUUUUGGAAAUUCUUCCUUGCCUGAGGGUCCAAUCGAACAGCCUACUCCUUUAUCAGAGGUCAAACAAGAGCCCUAUAAUCUUCCUAGCUUGUAUGAAUGGACCACCUGUGAUAUGGGGUCUGAUGAGGUUUGCCAUGAGGUUUAUGUGUUGUUGACGAACAAUUAUGUCGAGGAUGAUGAUAACAUGUUUAGGUUUAACUACUCCAAGGAGUUUCUUCAGUGGGCUUUGAGGUCUCCCGGGUAUUUUAGCAGCUGGCAUGUAGGAGUUCGUGUUAAGGCUUCAAAGAAGUUGGUUGCUUUCAUUAGUGGAAUCCCGGUGAAUAUGAGGGUUCGUGAUCAAGUUGUGAAGAUGGCUGAGGUCAACUUUUUGUGUGUUCAUAAGAAGCUCCGGUCAAAGAGGCUUGCUCCAGUGAUGAUUAAGGAGGUCACUAGGAGGAUUCACUUGGAGAAUAUCUGGCAGGCUGCCUAUACUGCUGGAGUGCUUCUUCCGACACCACUGACGACUAGCCAAUAUUGGCAUAGAACUUUGAACCCCAAAAAACUGAUAGAUGUUGGGUUUUCUAAACUUGGCGACAGGAUGACCAUGAGCAGGGCCAUUAAACUAUACAAGUUGCCAACUUCAACUUCAACCCCUGGGUUAAGGAAAAUGGAGCUCCGUGAUGUUCCAGCGGUGGCUGAGUUGCUCAAGAACUACUUGAGCAGAUUUAUUGUGGCUCCAGAACUUAAUAAUGAAGAAAUAGAGCACUGGCUUCUUCCAAGGGAGAACGUGAUUGACAGUUAUUUGGUGGAGAGUCAAGUGACCCAUGAGAUUACUGAGUUUUUCAGCUUCUACACUCUGCCUUCAUCCAUUCUUCACAACCAGGAGCAUUCGACUUUGAAAGCUGCUUACAAUUUCUACUACGCCUCAACUAAUACUCCACUGCAUCAGUUGAUGAAUGAUGCGCUUAUCAUUGCAAAGCAGAAGGAUUUUGAUGUGUUCAAUGCACUAGAUGUCAUGGAUAACGCAACUUUCUUGAAAGACCUUAAAUUUGGUCAAGGUGAUGGGCAGCUGUACUACUAUCUGUACAAUUAUAGGCUAAAUCCUGCACUGAAACCAUCAGAGCUUGGUCUUGUACUUUUGUAG